AUGACCCGCCCCUUGCGCUGGGGCCGCCCUCUGCGCUGCCUGAGAGGCCGAGCGGGGUUUUCCGGGGCGCUUUUAUGUUACGAGCUCUGUCUGUGGGCUCCCAGGGCCGGGCGCUUUCUGAGCGCAGGGACGGGACGCGCCGAGGGGGUCGCAGAGGCGAUGAGUGAGGGACUCCCUGGUCCUCCGGCUACGCUCAGGGCGGCCUGCUAAGGGCCUCAGGAGCAAGGACCCCCUUUUUGUCAAAAUGGCAGCGCCCAGCGUGCUGUGAGGGUAUCUUUAAGGGAGGGGGUGCGUCGGGUAAGAGCCUUCCCCAGGAGAGUAGGCAGCGUGCCACGCUUCAGAGUUUGAAACACCCAGGUUCGGGUCUCCUGGGCGAGCGGUGGGAACUGCCGUACUGUCUUCUACAGCAGCUUUACCAUUUUACAUUUCUGUCAGCAGUGCACCAGGGUUCCAAUUUCUCCAGACAGGAGAAUCUGUGAAAGAAGUUUCUACAAUGGUUUGCUCAGCUCUCAGGAGAGUUGCCCAGGUGCAUGCUUACCUGGUGAGGAAGUCCAGUAGUGUCUCCAAAGGCCAUCAUUGUCAGGCCUUGGGCUCGAGACCUGCUGCUUCGGAGCCUGCUGCCCGAGGAGCUCCAGGUGGCAUGGUGGAGCUGCUGGGCAAAUCUUAUCCUCAGGAUGACUAUAGCAACCUCUCCCGGAAGGUCCUCUCCAAGGUCGGCAGGAAUCUGCACCACCAGCAGCAUCACCCGCUCUGGCUGAUCAAGGAGAGGGUGAAGGAGCACUUCUACAAGCAGUAUGUGGGCCGCUUCGGGACUCCGCUGUUCUCCGUCUAUGAUGACCUUUCUCCAGUGGUCACCACCUGGCAGAACUUUGACAGCCUGCUCAUCCCAGCUGACCACCCCAGCAGGAAGAAGGGAGACAACUAUUACCUGAACAGGACUCACAUGCUGCGAGCACACACAUCUGCACACCAGUGGGACCUGCUGCACGCCGGGCUGGAUGCCUUCCUGGUGGUGGGCGAUGUUUACCGGCGCGACCAGAUCGACUCCCAGCACUACCCAGUGUUCCACCAGCUGGAGGGUGUCCGACUCUUCUCUAAGCAUGAGUUAUUUGCUAGCAUAAAGGAUGGAGAAAGCCUACAGCUCUUUGAACAGAGUUCUCGCUCUGCCUGUAAACAAGAGACACACACCAUGGAAGCCAUGAAACUCGUCGAGUUUGACCUUAAGCAAACACUUACUAGGCUUGUAUCACAUAUUUUUGGAGACGGACUGGACAUUAGAUGGGUAGACUGCUACUUCCCUUUUACUCAUCCUUCCUUUGAGAUGGAGAUCAACUUCCAUGGAGAAUGGCUAGAAGUCCUUGGCUGUGGGGUGAUGGAGCAGCAACUGGUAAAUUCAGCGGGUGCUCAUGAUCGGAUCGGUUGGGCCUUUGGCCUAGGACUGGAAAGACUGGCCAUGAUCCUCUAUGACAUCCCUGACAUCCGCCUCUUCUGGAGUGAGGAUGAGCGUUUCCUGAAGCAGUUCCGUGUGUCAGAUAUCAACCAGCAUGUGAAAUUCCAGCCUUUUAGCAAAUACCCCGCUGUGAUAAAUGACAUCUCAUUCUGGUUGCCCUCUGAGAAUUAUAUAGAAAACGAUUUCUAUGACUUGGUACGGACAAUUGGAGGAGACCUGGUGGAAAGAGUUGAUCUGAUAGACAAGUUUAAACAUCCAAAGACACACAAGACCAGCCACUGCUACCGCAUCACGUACCGCCACAUGGAGCGGACCCUGUCCCAGAGAGAGGUCCGGCACGUGCACCAGGCGGUGCAGGAGGCCGCGGUGCAGCUGCUGGGCGUAGAGGGCAGGUUUUGAGGCCACCGCCUGGACCAAGCUGCCGCCGCUCAAGGCUCCGGGGAUUUGUGGGAGAGAAAAGGCUACUGUUAGUGGAUGGGGGCAUCUGUCAUGUUUUGAUAAGUGGGUCAGUGUUGGGACUUUCAGAAAAUAAAGGAUCGCUCCUAAGAAGCUGUUGACAU